AAUUUUUUGCUGCUCUUGUUUGUUGUUUACACAAAAUUUGAUUGAAAACAAAUAUUACAUAAGUAGUCGUUAAAAUGACUUGGUCACGUACGGAGCGAAGCGGUUAAAAGCGCGCAACUUUCGUUUAAGCACAAAAAGUGCUUGCAUAACUGAUUUAUCUCAGUGGUUUUAAGAUGUGAUAUAUCGUUGCUUGUUUGUACGAGUAUGCAUGGCAUACCACAAACAAAGUAAUAAUUGUGCUAAGAAAGUGAGAAAGUGACGCAGCAAGUAGUAGAUACGAUUACUUGCGUAGUGCAUAGUCUUAGUUAUAAAUACAAAUUGUUUAAUAAUUGCAACAAAUAGAAAUUAAGAUGAAACUUCCACACACAACAACAACACACAUAUACACUUGGCGGCACGGCAGCGGACUGAGUAAUGCGAGUAUAUGUAUAGUAUUGUUGUUGCUACGAUUACUCGCUAUAUGCAGCAUUGAAGCAGCGCCACAUCCAACACCUGCCAAUGCUGACGGCGACGAUAACUUCAGGCGUAAUUAUGCCGUCGAAUAUGGUGCACCGUUAAUUACACCGCUAAUGGAAUAUGUAACGCUCGAAAUGAAUACAAAUUAUACGAUACGUUGUGAGGCCAAUGAACCAUUGCUCUGGAAAGUUACGCUUAAUACGCCGGCACACGAGGUGAAAACAUUUGAUACCGGCGAUCCGCAACGAUCAUUUGGCAGUAUGCUCUACCUAUUGGAGAUAUCAUAUCUAAAUGUGGGCAGUUACUAUUGCAUAAAAGAAUCGAGCGUUAGCAAGAGUCUCGACGAAAUGCUGGAUGAAGAGGUGGUCGAAUUGGUGAAUAACAAUAAGGCAUCCUCCAUUUACGUGUACGUCAACGAUCCAGCGAAUUUGUUGGCGUUAACGGAAUUUCCUAUUAUAACCGCUUAUCAGUAUCAAGAUACAGUGAUACCUUGUAAGCCGACUAUGCCGAAUAUAGAAGUGCUUCUAACCACAUCACAUGGCGAGGAUAAUGGUGAGGCAAAGGUUUUAUGUUCCUCAAAAUCGGUGCCCCAGCUGACAAGUUUUCCACCUGGUAAUGUGUAUGAUUCGAUAGAGUUUGAGCCAAGAAUUGGCUUUAUCAUACGCAAUCUGGAAAAUAUAACUGAUUUGGAAUGUUUUAGCCGAAAUGGGACCACGAACAGUUCACAUGAUUUUUUUGUUAUCAAGAGACCGAGCACGAAAUAUAUCGAGAAACCGGUCAUAACCUCCAAUUCUCGUGGACAUGUCAAUGUUGGCGAAAAUUUCACAUUAAAUUGUUAUGUGAAAAUCGCCUUCGAUGUUUCCUACACAACACAAUGGAAAACACCAGCUGGAGUUAAAGAGCAUCGCAUGGUAAAAACUACGCCCAGAUUUAUUAAUUCAACAUCAACUCAUCAAGUGGGUCUAGCAAUGUUGACGAUAUUGAACGCACAGAAUUCGGACUCUGGUCUUUACAAGUGCAUUUGUACUGAUCAUUCGAACAAUGUUGGGCGUAACAAUUAUCAAAUGACUGUACUAAAUCGCGAUGAGGGCUACAUAAAUAUUAGCGAACCCUCAGGCUACUACAAGAUUGUCAGCUCUGCCAAUAAAAAGGUACAGAUCAACGUCAAAUACCGUGGUUAUCCAUUCCCCACACUUACCUGGUACAAACCUGAUAAGACACAAAUUCAUCCAUCGAAAAAGUAUAUGAUCAACACUACAGAUACCUCGAUCACGCUGCAAAUUUUGAAUGCACAACUCGAAGACAGUGGCGAGUAUGUGAUACGCGCCAAAAAUGAGUUGCUCGUGAAAGAAUUACAAUUCAAUGUGAGCAUCACAGAUAAGCCCAAAGUUACAGUGAAAGAUGUCUACGUAAAAGCUGGUGAAGAGGCGCAUUUGCAGUGCAGGGUAUUGUCCUAUCCAACGGCUAUAGUAUCCUGGGUGUUUACACCGUGCAGCAUAUCGCCGCGAUGGCCAUCGUGUGAUAAGCGUUUAGAGCAAAAUUUCAAUUCCACACGCAAUGCACAACCAGGCGAGUUGGCUAUUGAAUACAUACACGAUUUGUAUUUUACGCCUGAAAAACCAGGCAUUAUCCACUGCUUGGCAGCCAACCCAAAAGGUAUGGGCGAGGGCAAAGGUCAUGUGCUUAUCGGCGAUAUAAGUGAUAAUAUGACCAUAGUGGGCAUUGAUGAGAAUAAGAAGAUUGCGCGCGGCGAUGAGGUGACGCUCACUUGUGCCGCAUUAUCUUACUACUUCUCAGACGAUCUGGAUUGGUAUAAGGAUGGCGAGCUUGUGGAGGAGAGCAACAAUUUUGUGAUUACCAACUCCUCAACCAGCUAUUCGUAUCAAAGGACGUUGAAAAUCAAUAAUAUCCAAGAACGCUCGCAGGGCAGCUAUGAGUGUCGUGCACGAAAUGCGAACAACUACGAUCAGCAGGAAAGCAAAUAUAUCAGUAUUUUUGUGUAUGAACCACUGCCUCCCAAAAUGAUACACACCAAUUUGGAUGAAAAUGCAAAACUGGAGCGCAAACUUGGCGACUUCCUAGAAUUGGAAUGUACACCGGAGGCUAUACCAGCGGCAAAUGUGCACUGGUACAAAGACGAUAUAGAACUCACCAAUGGCAGCAAUAUAGCCAUCGAAGAAGAUGGUAACAAGCUAGUCAUACAAUAUAUAAAACCCGAAGAUGAAGGUAUCUAUAAAUGUGUGGCCGUUAAUCGUUUGGGCUCUGUUGACGCUAGUUCCGCUGUUAAAAUCACAAACUUACCACGCAUGCGCACCGGCUGGAUACUUGGCCUACUCUUCUUCUUCGUCAUACUCAUUGCGCUGGUUAUCUACUUGUGUGUGCGUGUUUUGCGUGAACGGAGACGGCUGCGGGAUUACAAAGCCGCCGGCUUGGCCAACUUUGAAGAAGGUGAUGUGGAGCAUAUAAAUCCAGCGCUGACACUGGACGAGCAAGCAGAUUUAUUGCCAUAUGAUCGAGCUUUUGAAUUUCCACGCGAAAAGCUUAAAUUGGGCAAACAAUUGGGCGCUGGCGCCUUUGGUGUGGUUUUGAAGGCGCAUGCUGAGGGCAUACGACCUGAUGAAAAGGAGACUGUAGUGGCUGUGAAGAUGGUGAAACGCAUAGCGGAUAAUGAGGUGAUGCGCGCUUUGGUCACGGAAUUGAAAAUUAUGGUACAUUUGGGACCAAAUUUGAAUGUUGUUAAUUUGUUGGGCGCCGUCACAAGGAAUAUCGCACAACGUGAACUGAUGGUUAUUGUGGAAUACUGCCGAUAUGGUAAUGUGCAAAACUUCUUACUGCGCAAUCGCAAACGUUUUAUAAAUCAAAUCCAUCCGGAGACUGACAAAAUCGAUCCGACCAUUACAAAGCAACGCUUCUCGGAAAAUUUCGAAUUGAAUCGUGAUGGAGUAAAAUAUGUUAAUUUGUCCUUUUCAAAUCAUCAAUAUGUAAAUCAUAUGAAUAAUGUGAACAAUAAUUAUACGGCAAAUAAUCGCAGAAACUCUGAAAAUGAUCCACGCUCCGGCACACGCGCUGGACGUCCUAAUUCGGCUGGAUAUUUGCGGCAAUCCGAUUUAUAUGAGGGACAUGUGGAUAGUGGUGCAACGGAGCAGACGGUGAUGACCACAAUACCUGAAGGUGAGUGUAGAGGUACACAUCUCAUAAUUGUUUCCAAAAUCUUUUUUGUUUUUAAUGUUCAAUUCGACCAUAAUCUUUUUUUUGUAACCCUCUUAGCAUCAUACGCCUAUAAUUAAAAAGAU